AUGACGGCAAUGAAUGGACAAUGGAUUGGGAAAAGAGCGGUGAGGACGAAUUGGGCGACGAGGAAACCGCAAGAUGAGAACAGGAAUACCCUCACUUUUGAACAGGUGUUCAACUCGACGAAAUCCGAUAAUACAUCAGUUUAUGUAGGAAAUAUCAGUCAAACGACUACAGAAGAAACAGUUCGAGAUCCAUUCACUAGAUAUGGUGACAUUGCUGAGAUUCGAAUGUUUAAAGCUCAAGGAUACGCUUUUGUUAGAUAUGAAAAGAAAGAGGAUGCGACAAAAGCGAUAAUGGAAAUGAAUGGGAAAGAGAUUUCGGGGAAUGUGGUCAGAUGUAGCUGGGGAAGGACGGCACAGUCACAGAUUGAGUCAGCUCAAGCGCCUCUGUUCGCCGAUUUGACGGGUUCCCUCCUCUCAUCACCACUCAUGCAACAAUCAGCAAUCACUUCAACUCUUCCCACUCUCACCACAGCCACCAAUCCAUAUCUUCAAUAUUAUCCUCAAUAUUAUGGAGCAACAACUCUUCUCCCACAAGCAUGGCCUCAAGUU